AUGCAAUCAUUACCCUGGAGUUUGGUGUUAUUUGUUUCUUUCGUCUUGGCAAAUGAAGAAACAUCUCUUUUAGUGAAAAUUCAGCAAGGUCCUGUCAAAGGAUACAAGUUGCCAAAUUUUGAUAUUUUUGCCUUCUAUGGCAUUCCAUAUGCAACUGCACCCACUGGAGUAAAUAGAUUCAGGGGUCCCCUACCACCACCUUCUUGGGAUGAGCCCUUUGAAGCUACAGAAAACAACAUUAUAUGUCCUCAAAACAAUAAUCUUUUUAAAACGUUUGAUGGGAUGCAAGUCCUAGAAAAUUGUCUCGUUGCAACGAUAUAUGUUCCCAAUACAAAUAAAACUAAUUUACCAGUUAUUGCCUAUGUUCAUGGUGGUGCAUAUCAAAUCGGCCAUGCAAAUCGGCUGACUCCAAAGCACGUAGUUCACAAUAAAGAUGUUAUUGUAGCUUCAUUCAACUACCGAUUAGGAGCACAUGGAUUCUAA